UUCUCAAAAAGUGAAAAAUAUUUAUAAGAAACAACAGCGAAAGUGAAUUUAAUAGUUUUACAAUUUCAGUUAAGGCUGCAAGAACAACAAUAUUUUCCAAAAUGUCUUCUAAUCAACGUUUGGUAUUUUCAAUUCUCGAAUUUCUAAAUUCGGAAUGUGAAUCUCGCAUGGAAGAUGAACGUGAAAGUUUAGAAGGUACGUGCUAUAUAUUAUUUAUAUGUACUAGCUGUGCAGCUCUGACAAUUAAUUAACCAUUUGGUUAAAUCAAGCAAACUUUCAGUUUCCAGCUUUGACCUUUACACUAUAACCAUAUUGUAGUAUAAAAGAUUUGUUAUAACCUGGGUGAUAAUCUAAACUGAUCAAUAUCAUCAAUGUACUUAAUAUGUUUUUCUGAAUAGAAUUUUACAAUCUAUAAUUAAAUAUGAUUCAAUUUAAGGUUAACUGUCGUUUUGUACUCCAGACUACAGUCAUUUACCUUGGUUCCAGAGGCCCUUUGCGAGGCCCUCGCAAAGAUUUUGCCUGGCAAAGAGCCUCAUUUUGUACCUAACACCUUCAUAUCCCAGAGCCUGAAAUAACAUUCAAAAUUUGUCUGGAAAAAUGUCCGACCAAAAUGAAAUUUGAUUGGCCAUUGUUUCGAUUCCAUUUUGAUUUUAAUGCCUUCUCUGGGUAAAUUAAGCCAAUAUAUAACUAAUACUUUAUGCCAAACACUAGCCAGUAUAGUUAAAAUUUUACAUUUAAUGUUUUUUUCAAGAAGGUUGAUUGCCGAAAAAUAUCUGACCGUUAUUUCAGGCUCUGGUUGUUUCAUACCCAAACUUUGGUCAUUUCACACCCAACUCUGGUUGACUGAUUGUACUAUAAACACAGGGUUCGAAUUAAAACUUAAAAGUGAAUAGUGAAUUUCUACCCAUUCGACUCAUGCAAUAAAAAGCGAAUAGCGAAUUUCUACUUAAAGUGAUCACGGUAUUGCAUAUACAGUAAAAAAGGAUUAAGCAUUCGAUCUUCAACCAGAAAUGUAAAAUGUAAAAGGGCUAGAUCCCUUGAUGGUGUUUUAAACUGUUGUUAGUUGUCAGUUUAGCCGUUUUGUAUUUGUGUUGUUAUACUUUGUCUGUUUCGUUAAUUAAUCAAUUAUUUGAACGUAAUUUUUUAUGUAAAUAUUAAGGGAUCGCCGUAAUUGGGGGAACCUGUGGCGAACUCCCUGGCACUACAUUGUUGUAUUUUUAGGUAGAUGCCGAAUCUUAUUAAAACAUUAAAACAUUAAAGGCUGUUAUAAUAAGAAAGAUUAAGCUGUCUUUAUUUUUUGGUAGUUGUAAUAUAACGACACAGAAAAGUGAGAAAAUGACGAUGUAAUAAAAUUAAAUAAUUCCAAUUUCCAAUUAUCACCCGUAGAAAUUUGCACAAUAUAUCUAAAAGAGUUUGGGUGAUUCCAGCUAGAUAGACUAAAUUUUGAUCAAGGCAAGAAGGACGAAAUCCAACAUCAGAGCUAGAAAGAGUGUCUUAGAAUGAGUAAAACUGCAAAGAUGUUGUUGCUACUGUAAAUGGUGUAAAAUGAAGAAAAUAUAGCCCUGUGAAGUUCGCAAAUUUUGUAUAUAUUUGUAUUACGUGCAGUAAAAAUAACCACUUUCGGCUCAAAAAUGGUUAUUUUCCCCACACAUAUUAAUGCAAAUAUAUGCGAACUUCACAGGGCUAUAUUUUCCUCAUUUUACAACAAUUCGCGACCAAACUUUGCAAUUUUACUCAUGAAUCCUAAGAUGCACUUUCCAACUAUGGCAAUGGAUUCCGUUCUUCUUGUCUAGAUCAAAAUUUUGUCUAGAGCUGGAAUCAUUUUGAUUUUGAUUAAAAGGCAUUUAUUCAAGGUUAGAGCAAAUUAAAGUACGGUACAAACAAAAUACUGUACAUAAGGCGUAAAAAAAAAUACCUGUGGUUCCGGUUCCCAACCGACCCUAUCCUAUUUUUUUCUGCCGACCCUAUUAUUUUUUCAAUGUGAUUGACCGUGUGACCCUAUUUUCUCUGGGUGGUUGCGGGCUGCUGCCAAAAUGGCGUCUGUUGUCACACUAAUUAUUGAAAAAAACCAUCAUGAAAAAAAUAUUCAAAAAAAAAUUAUUUCCGACCUACCGACCCUAUUUUUUCGCGAUAUGAAACCGGAACCACAGGUAUUUUUUUUAUGCCUAAAGUAAAUAUGGCAAAGCCCAGAACAUCGUAGAAAGUUAUUGAACAGUUUGAUUUGGGUUUUAAUUAAACCCAAGUGAUUGUGAAAUUCAAAUCUGAUAAUAGUUGCAUGAACAAGUAACAUGACAUUUGAACUUUCCUAAGUGAAUUUUAACACAUUUUAAUUUAUGCUGUCAGCUACCCCGGAUUCCAGAGCCUUCAGUAAAUAAUAAAUUGAAACGUUGUGAAGGCUCUGGUUCAACGGGAGGAUUCUUUGAUUAAACCGUGCCAAUCACAAAACAGAAUUAGUGGUUUUCGUACAGAAUCUAGCUGUACUAAUUAAAACUGUUGGCCUAUCAUAUCAAACAUUAACGAAAACACAGCUUGAGGCCAUGAGGAAACGAAACAGAAUUCUAUUGUCUAUUCAGAAAUAUCAGCGCAAAUGAGAGAAUGUUUCACCUCAAAAUACACAAAGAAGUGUUUGAAAACAAACGUUUCCAAUGUUAUCCAUUUUACUUCUUCACAUGUGAAAUCUUCCCAGGUUGAAUAGUGAUUUUUUUUUAUAUUACUGAUUUACUGUAUAGCCAAAUGAGUAGCGAAUUAAUUAAUUCGAACCCUGUAAAAACAUAACAAUUGAUCAGAUAUAACUGUGCAUAAAGUGUGUUUUCUAUGAGUUUCACCUAUGAUAAAUUCAAAAGAGUAAAUAGUAACAUGCAAAUCAAAACUCUUUAUGGAAAAGUGUCACACUAGUUGUUGCUGGAUACGUUUGUUUGCUGUCAUAUAAAUUAAUUCUUUGCUUGAAGUUGGAAAUUUGUCUUCAAGUUCAUUUUGGUUCCGAACUGUCUUCAGGAUGAGUAUGAAUUGACCAACCCUCAGAACAAAUCAACCAAGCCUCAGAACAAAUCAACCAAGCCUGGGUAUGACAAACAAGGGAGUUGGGUAACAUUGAGUUGGAUUUGAGUUCGAGUUCGGCUUCGAGUUGGACUUCGAGUUGGACUUCGAGUUAAACUUCGAGUUGGAUAUUUUUCUUUACUUUUCGGGAAAAUGACAAUUGUAUUUCACCCAACCUUUUUUGCUGCGGAGCGAGCGAGCCUGAACCAAAUUUACACAUAUGGGGGAAUUUAUAUCUUCAUUAUACCAUUGUUUAACCGCAGCUGUAGGCCUACAUUGUGGUCGUGCGCGAUCGGAAAUGCUCAGUAACCUUUUUGUCGGUUGUGCUUCCACAACACCUUGUGGUAAUUUUGAGUUACAGAUUACAGUUACAGAUAUUGCACCCCGCACACUCCCUAUAUCAGGGGUUUUCAGUGACUGGUUAUAUUAGGACCGAAACUGGCGUGAAGCAGACCGAGGUAGACUGUGAGCUUACAGAUGGCGCUUUAAGCAGCCGCUAUUAGUCCGUACCUCAUUAAUGAAUAAUGAUCUGCCCCCUGACCUGACAUGGUUUCCGCACAAUUUUGAAAUGUUAUAAUAAAUCUUUUUACAGAGAUACUUUUUUCAUAUCAUGUACUUCAUUAGUUCAUUGUUUGUAUUCUUAAUUCGACACAAAAGCACUCGUACCCUAAUUUAUUUUAUAGUAGACCGUGCCAUACACCAAAAAAUACACAGUGAGAUAUUUUCCAUUUAACUAGAUCUUCACUAGUGAAAAUAUCGAUUAAGUGUUCAUUUUCUUUGUUAUUUUUACUAACGACUAUAUACAGUAAUAAAAAGAACAUUAAAUACACGGUUGCUUGAAGUUUCAUAUCUUAUUAUUAUUUUAUCUUCUCGUGGUGACAACUGAAAACAAUAUUUUUUACUCACUCAAACGUAAAAUUUAUAUCUUCGCACCGCCUUUCGCACAGACUGAAUCAGCCCCCCCUGCCCCACUCUCCCACUGGAGCUGCGGAGAAACAGCAGACUAAUCUCAGAGGCAGUGCCAUUCUCGUACCCAGAGCCCUUCUUACGCGCGGUCAACGGAGCGCGACGAGGGGCUCUGGCCAAAUCCAUAUCAAACUGGCAUCUGAUUGGCUACAACGAAGGUUAUUGUUCUAAUACUGGAUAUAUUCUAUUACCAUGUUUUUAUGAUAUCCGGUUAUGGAUUUGGCCAGAGCCCCUCGUCGCACCGCGCGUAAGAAGGGCUCUGGGUACGAGAAUGAGGCAGUGCUGAUCAGUCUGCUAUCGCAUACUACACCCUGUAUCCGUACUCAGGCGUUUGUUUGUAAGAAAAACAGCGAUGCUCAUAUGACGAGUUCACAUGAAGUAUUGUAGUACUACACCGCCGUCCAACAUCCUCUAUAUAGUGCUCUCCUUGACCUUUUAAGACUAAUAAUGCAACAUAUCCUCACAUGUAGUAUUAGGGAGGCUGGACGCGCAGGGGCGGGAAUAUUAAAAAAAGGUAGUCAUUUUUAGAUUAGGAUUAGAUUAGAGCCAGAUUAAGAUUAAACCAGGGUUAGGGUUAGAGGUUAGAGUGGGGGUUGGGUGGGGGUUAGGGUUCAAAAUCCCUAAUACUACGUGUGAGGAUAUGCAGAAUAGUACUGAUAGUUUCGAAUACAUAUUUUGAACGAAACAAUACUUAAAAUGUACAAAUUUUAAUAUGUUCUUUUCCAAAAUACACAUAGUAAUUACUGUAUAAGAUGUACAACAAAGUGCAUUAUAAAAAUGAUUUAUAAUAAAGUAAAUUCACAUUGCUACGUUUCAUUCUCCAUAUAGAAUUCCGAUUGGUUCCAAUUAGAAUUCCGAUUGGUUCCAAUUAGAAUUUGGGCCCAAUUUCCAAUAGAAAAUCAUUUGGAAUUCCAAUUGGAUUUUUUGUAAGGGUGCCAACUGGGUAUGAAACAACUUUAAACCAUUCAAAAUGUAAUUGCCAUAAACAUCAAUAGACAAGACAUUUUUAACAGGAAAUUAGGAACUUGCAAAGGUAACGGAAUUUGCAAAGGUAAUUAGCAGGGGUCGAUCGAUUUCGAAAUUUUUUGCUGAUCCGUUAUUCUGUAUAUAGUAAUCUAAUAUGCCUAAUGGAAUAGUAAACUUCAUGAUCUCAGUAUUUCGUUUGUUUAGUAGAAAAAAUUGGGUGGUUGGUAUUAGUUUAUAAUAUCACUGGUAUGUUAUUGAGAAUAAUUUUACUGUUACAAGUGAGUUACAACUUUGUUGAUUUUGUAGUUGAGUUUUUGUACGUGCAUUUGAUUGAUUCUUGUUUUGAAAAUAAAGUGUUUGGUUUGUUCCCUGAUAUUCAGUUCUGAGGUCUUGUGGGCCUUAUUGCAUGUUUGUUUAUUUGUUUACUGAGUUUUUCACACACUGGUGACCGGUUUCCUAACAGGCUAUUGCCAAAUUGUUAGGCACUCCUCUCUAAUAAGCACUUCUCUUUAAUAAGCACUCGUCUCUAAUAAGCACACCUCUCUAAUAAGCACUCUUCUCUAAUAAGCACUCAUCUCUAAUAAGCACACCUCUCUAAUAAGCAUACCUCUCUAAUAAGCACUCAUAUCUAAUAAGCACUCAUCUCUAAUAAGCCACUCCUCUCUAAUAAGCACUCCUCUCUAAUAAGCCCUCCUCUCUAAUAAGCACACCUCUCUAAUAAGCACUCAUCUCUAAUAAGCACUCUUCUCUAAUAAGCACUCAUCUCUAAUAAGCACUCCUCUCUAAUAAGCACUCCUCUCUAAUAAGCACACCUCUCUAAAGGCACUCAUUUCUAAUAAGCUCCUCUCUAAUAAGCACACCUCUCUAAUAAGCACUUCUCUCUAAUAAGCACACCUCUAUAAUAAGCACUCAUCUCUAAUAAGAACAGUUCUUUAAUAAGCACUCCUCUCCAGGAAGCCCAGACUCUAUUUAGCUGCCCCUUUCUCAUAUGACCUCCUCUGUAAUAGGGCCUCUCUCGAGUAUACCCCUCACCUCACAACAAUGAAAUACUGUACAUGUGCACUGAUUAGAUUUAUUCAUGGCAAUUCACCUGGUUGUUCAUGUUACCAUGUUUUGGUUUUGCAAUUCACAAUACAGUAAUCACAGUACUGCAAAGUUACGAGUUUACAUUAGUACUUCAGUUCAGUACUUCUGAUCAGUACUUUAGUAAGCAGUUUGCGAAGUUGGCUUUGCAAGUUCCAAGCCCAAUAUUCCAAAUUAAAAAUUGAAUUGGGAAUAUUCACAACAAAUUUGGGAACUGCACUUUGAAAAGUGACCUGAAAUGGACAAUAAUGUUUGUUAAUGGGCAUUGCACUCCAAUGGAUACUUACAGUACUAUAAUACUCUGUCUAAUGCUAGGUUAUUUUAUUACUUAUUGGGCAAUAAUGGCUUAUGUUCCAUCAUUUUCAUUGAAGGAUAAACAGUUGCAUUGUCUAUAAAAGGUCGUGUGUUUGUGGCAAGCAUUUGGGGGUUUUAAUUAGCUCAUCCAAUCAAUGUGAGGCUAGUUAAGUGUGGUUGGCUGGUCAGGGUAAAACCUGCCAAAUGCUUUUUUUGACAAGCAUGAAAGUUUUGUUGUGAGCAUAGACAAUGUUUUUUUAUAUCUGUGACUGUAGAACUGCAUAGUGGGUUCUUGCUACUGUUUCACUUUUAUUGCUGAGGACUUCCAACUAAUGAGUAAAAUGACUUUCUAAUAAUAAUUAGUCUGACAUGAAAUUAAUCUGCUUUUAUUUAAUAUGAUUUGCAGUUGUGAUAGAAUGUCUGGAAAGAGUCUACAAUGUUUCUUUGUCAAAUUCCUCUGAUGUAUCCAAAUUUCAUGUUGACAACCCUUUGACAGAAAUAUUUGAAUCAGCGACAAAGGUAAUAAUUGAAAAUUCAAUGGUGCUGUAGAGUACAACCGUAGUUUAUCAAGAUAUGAUGGUCUGGAAACUAAACAGAAGUCAUUUUUGUUGUGUUUUUGUCUGAGUUGUAAAUGUAAAUUUGUGCAUGGUCAUGGUGAUUGAGCUCAUUGUAUUUUCGUGUAAUGAAGUAAUUGUCCAAUAAGGAUAGCAGAGAUGAAACGUAUAACCAGGAUGAAUAAUAUUUUAAUGAAGUUGAGACAAAGGAUUUGUGCACAGUGAGGUGCAGUUCAACAUCAAACAAAGGCCUUGUAUUUUGUAGCUUUGAAGUUUGCCAGGCUUCCAGACCAUCAUAUCUUGACAGAUUAUGGCACAAUGUUAUAAUUGCUUUACAAGUGUUGCAAGUACAUUCACUAAAUUUGCACCAUACAGUAGUGUAUCUGACAGCAGGCCUAGAACAAUAUAUUUCUUCUUGGCAGCAAAAUCCAAAGAUAAAAAUUUCCCUGUGUAAACCAAAUGUAAGACUUUAUUAUUUGCUGUACAUAUUUUUUUACUGUAUUAGAUGACCACUCGACCGUUUCCAACGGAUGAAGAUAAAGACAGAGCAGAAGAGCUUAAAACUCAAGGUACAUUAAUUUUCAAUCCAUUACAAAUUGCUUGUUUAUUUAGUUUUUUUGCAGGUAGCCAAAAAAAAAUUGCAGUUAGCCCUGCGUGGUCCAAACUUGCCCGCUUCGCUUGAAGUUUGCAAAUUGCAAGAGGGGACCAGGCAGCGAAGAAAUCGAAGAAAUGUUGUUGAGUUAUGUUUCAUAUUGUCAAAAUUGAGUGUCCACUAAUUUGCGCAAACCCAAUUGCUCGAAAAUCUUUAUAUAUCAUACCGACAAGAUUGUCGGCUGCUGAAUAAAAUUCGGCCACAGAACAGGAAAUUUUAAGUUUUUGAUGUCAUCAUUUGAUGAAUUUACGUCUUGGAGUACGACUCUUAGUUAAUCUGGUCGGUAAAUAUUGCAAAAUGUGUUCGGAAAAAGUGAAAUUUUCUACUUUACUUAAGCAUGCAUAAGACCUUCUGACCAAGGAUUGCAGUUAGCUUCAGGCACUUGCAGGUAACGCCGCUACCUAGGAUCCCAACGUCUGACAAGCAUGAUUAUAUAUUAUAGUACUGCACAUGUUAAACGGUCUGUACAAUGUACAAUGUACAAACUACAAUGCACAUACAAUAAAACAAAUUCAUUGCAUUUGAAUGGAUUUUGUAAACAAUUAAUGCAGAUAUAUAAGAAUAAGAUAUAUAGGAAUAAAUAUUAUGCUUUUAUUACUUGUCUACUAGGAAAUAAUCUAAUGAAAGAAGGAAAGUACGGUGAUGCAAUUGGCUGUUAUGACCAAGCUGUAAAACUAGACUGGACAAAUGCUGUAUAUUUAUGCAACAGGUAUACAAAUGUCGUUGUUAUGCUCAGUCAGUUCUAUCAAUUCCCACCCCAGGCUCCCCAGUUAUUUGCACAUUUUUCCUCCUUAAAUGCACAAUUCCCUGGAGCCGGGCAAAAAUACUCGCCCCCGACGCACCGAUUCCCCAGAAUACGAGUAUAACUAAGACACAGAAUAGGAUCCUUAGGUGCGAUUUUCUUCUUCUGAUGGAUGUGAAUGAGUGAAUAAGUAAUAAUGUUCAGGGGCCGGUUGUUCGUAGCCCGUUUAGGCUAAACGGUGGUUAAGUCGAAAAUAUUGAUCAAGUUUAUACAUUCAUCAAGUAACCAAACUAAAAUAUUUCAACUUGAGUAGAACAAUUAUGUUUGCAACUAUAUACAGUAUUUAGUGCAUGAGAUUUAAGUUCAGUCAUUUAUGAAAUCUGUGAAUCUGUUAUUUAAUUUUGACUUAUCCACCGUUUAAGCUAAACGGGCUUCGAACAACCGUCCCCAGAUGAGGGUACAUGCACUCCGAACAUUACGUAACUCAUCUACUCGUUCACAUGUAUCAAAAGAAAAUCGCAGUAGAAAUUGCAGCAAAAAUUGCAAGUGAAAACAUGUAGGCCUUUACAGAAGGUCGACGUCACAGAAUAAGGUACACAGAAGGCCGUUUGGCGUAACCCGUAAUUCUUCAUCAAAUGCUGACGCCAUGGUCCUAGCCAGUGUGCGUUUGAGAGGCAUUCACCCCCCUGCCUCUCAAACGCGCACUGGCUACGACCAUGGCGUCAGCAUUUUGAUGAUGAAUCAUGGCGUGGCAGCGGUUACUCGAGUCGACCUUCUGUGUGCCUUAUUCUGUGUCGACGUCUUGGUUUUGCGUUCAGGGGGUGAAUGCCUCUCAUUAUAAACGCACUGCUAGAAACAUGACGACAGCAUUUUGAUGACGAAUCAUUGCAAAUGAUGGUGUGGCAGCGGUUACGCUUUUUUGGCUGAGUCGACCUUCUGUUUGUCUCUAUUCUGUGACUAGGACUAUGAGAUUCGUUUAUUUGGAUAGUUAUUAUGCCAUAUUCUUCAAGUCUCGUAGCCGUGGCCAAAUUGACAACGGGAUUUGUGAAAAGUGCACGCCAAAAAGAUUAAAGUUUUAAAGCUGGAUUUCCACUUACAGAGAAAUAUUCGCUUGAUUUCUUUUGAAUUGUGACUAUCCGAAUAAACCAGUUCUACUCCAUUUCUUUAUUUGUCAUAACGCCAUGAAAAACAAUGUUACUCUUUAAGGGAGACUAAAGACCAAACGUUCGCAAAAUAAUUGGUUAAUUAAUUUGAAAUUUCAGGGCAGCAGCAUGUAGUAAGUUAGGCAAAAAUGAAGAGGCCGUCAAAAAUUGCAAAGAAGCUUUAGAACUUGAUCCAAAAUAUGGCAAAGCUUAUGGUAGGAUGGGGUAAGUACAUAUUUGUUCGCAAAAUAUCAAAAAAAUACGAGACAAACCAGACAAUGGAUAAAUCAAAAGUGGAAGACAAAACGUUUUUGAUAUUGAUAUGCAUACAAAUUACGUAAAAUUUGACCAUGUAAAAUUGAGAAUACGGUAGCUGGGAAGCACUUAACUACACGUUGCCUAUCCAACAUAUUUACUAUUUUUUGUUGAACUGCUCUAGAACGAUACUGUACUCUCAUUUUUAAGUAAAACAAAUAUUUGCUCAUGAAUUUGAGUAUAGUUUUACUCCAAUUUUUGAGUCACUGUGGCAGGGUGCGAUGAUUCAAGAUUUUCAGUCCUACUCCAAUGAUUAUUGUCUCGUACUUGACAGGGUUCGUAGCGGUCUUUGAAAUCCUGAAAGUCUUUAAAUUUGAAUGCAGGUCUUUAAGGUCUUUUAAAAAUCUUUGAAUUGUGUGAAAAAGCGAAGAAAGUCUUUAAAAGUCUUUAAAUUCUUCAGUGAGUAUUUGAUUAUACGAUUUUCUAGCUGAUAAAAUUGAUUGAAGCAAGAUUUUCGCAAAUAUCGAAAUGUGAUUUGACGGGACUAAUUACCUGGUAAAAAUGGUCCUUAUACACUCGCAAUUUUUCGACAGCUGAUUGCUCUCAAAGAUCUUUGAAAAGUCUUUGAAAAUAGGCAGAAAAAAUCUUUGAUUUGGUCUUGGACACUACGAACCCUGCUGAGCUGGUACAAACUUAAGACUGAAGGUCUACUUAGUCUUUAAAAUGAAGUACAUAAAGUACAAACAUAAAGUACAGGUUUCUGGAAGGUAUUCAUUAAGUAACCUGAAACUACGAGUUAGAACGUAUGACUUUUUAAACUAAUUAAAACUUUUAAACUUGUUGACUUUUAAUUUCAAUUACGGAUUUGAAUACUUUGGGCUUGGUAAGGUCAUAUGAUACCAGCAAAAUGUAUGUAUGCGGAUAGCGAGAGUUCCGCGUGUGAGCGUGUCUACGUGGUGACUGGUUAAAAGGCACAGUUCAGCCUUUUGAAUGAUGGUUUUUAAGGCGAAUUUCAGCCCUUCCAAUUGAAAAACUAUUAACUAGGAAAAUCAAUUAUGCAUAAUUCAGGAUCAGUAAACUCAAUGUUUUUAACAAUAAAAAUGUUUUAAAAUAUUAAAAACAUUAAGUUUGCUGAUCUUGAAUUAUGCUUGAAUGAUUUUCCUAGUUAGUUUUUUCAAUUAAAAGGGCUGAAAUGCGCCUUAAAAACCAUCAUUCAAAGUCUGAACUGUGCCUUUAAAAACAAAGAAGUACCAGGCCAUAAUAUUGGCGUACCUCCGUUACGUAAGUACGCGAAUCAUCACACCCUAUGUGAAUGCACUAUUUUACUCAUGUUUUUAAGUCAAAAUACUCAGGAAUUUUUUGCAGUGUAUCCUCAUCUACAGUAUAUCUUUCAUGACCUAACCUAAAAUUAUAGUCAAGAAGAAAAAGGGCCAAGAAAAACGACGUGAACUUGUACUGAUGAUUAUGGAUUGAUUGCAGAACCAAAUUGCAGUUUUUUUCGACAGAUGCUAAAUUGGUUGGACAUUUUGUCCUGCUAAAAAAUGGCAAUCACUUUUCUUUUAAAUUUUCCAAUCAAAUUUCGUUUUACAUGCAUGGUAGGACGUUUUCUCCGGACAACAUUUGAACGUUAUUUCAGGCUACGUUCACACCAUACCGGAUAGUUUUCCGUAGCGACGUGAAAAAACAGCUAUCCGUACCAUUUAGGAACACUAUUUUCAGAGGAAUUAUUGCAACGGAGAGAUGUUGUUUCGCUCAGUUUCUGAAAGUUGUACAUUCCGUAUCGGAUAGUUGCUUUUUCGCGCCGCUAUCCGGUAUAGUGUAAACGUAGGAUAGGCUCUGGAUUGAUUAAAACUGCAUGAUCACAAUAAUAAUUUUUUUUACAGUACGGCGUAUAUGGCUUUAGAAAAAUAUCAAGAAGCUAGAGACAGCUAUGUUAAGGUUUGUUUUACAUUUAUAGUCGAUAGUUUUGCAGACAUUCACUGCUCUGGCGGCAGGCGCGCGGAUUAUUACAUUUCAGUCGAAAUUGAACUCCUUUUAUAAACAUUGCCCGAGUGAUAUCCCGUACCCAACUGUAAGCUUCUGCGUUUCAGUAUCCCAAGCCAUAAAUAAUGACAAGUCCCAUCCUCGUCCCCAGGGCCACGCUCGUUGCUCCCACUGAGCGAGAGCAACGAGCGUGGCACUGGGGACGAGGAUGGACAAGUCCCUUCAGACUAUUUCGACAUUGCAUGCUUUUCAACAUUGCAUGCUUUUUGCUCGCUAAUGACUUCUGAGUGCUCUAGAACACCUGGUCAAAUUGCUAGCGAAGACAUGUCUGAUAUUAAACAUGGUUGCCAUGAACGAAUAAACUUCAAAUGAUGAUAUUAUAGGCAAAAGAACUAGAUCCAGGCAAUGAUCUAUACAUGACAAAUUUGAAAACAGUAGAGGACAAACUACGAGAAGCCCAAGAAAGAUCGUCAUCUGCUUCACAAGGAACUGGUUAGUGUUGCUGAAUAUCGUAUAUCCGCACACCCCCCUCCCCCCGCUCGCCUAACCCUAGUGUCCGCCACAUCGAAAGGUACAAUUGGAUAAAUAAAAUAUGAUUACUACUGAAGUCCACGCAGUUCAUCAUUCUGAAAAACAGAUUGGUUAGAAUAACCAAUUUGAAUUGGUUGGUGCACUUGUUUGACCAAUAUUUUAUUGGUUAAAACAACCAAAAAUUGGGUUACGUUAUUUAACCAUUUUUCGGUUGUUUUGAUCAAAUAAUAUUGAUCAAAGGAAAAUGCAUCUGAGGCAAUGAAUUCAAAUUGGUUAUUUUAACCAACCCGUUUGCAUCAUUUUGCAUGUAUGUAUGCAUUAAUUCCCGAGCAAGCGUGCGUCAAAAUACUGUAUCUUUACUGUAUAUAAUGGAUACAGAACAAAUAGCCAUUAUCAUAUUUCCCUUCUAGGCGGCGGACCUGCGAAUAUGAUGAGCUCAUUAUUUUCUAACCCUGGAAUUAUGAACAUGGUGAGAUAUUGCCUUUUCUUUUAUUGUCUUUGCCGAAGAAUUUGAUUAUGAAAACCAUCUUUGAUGAUAAGUCUUCCUCACAAAAGAUUGUUUAAAUAAAUAAAUAAAUUACUUUAAGGUGGUUAUACCUACACUUUUUAAAAAAUGGACGAUUUUCUGAUUUGGACACGAAUUUCUGGACAAUAAUUAUCUGUUGAAAACCAAAGAGUGUCUGACUUGAAUAAAACAAUAACUAAGGAGUUCAGAGUUUUUAAACAUUUCCUCCUUACAACCGUUGCUAUGGCAACAAUGUUUCAAUUUGGCGGAUAUUUUUGGUUUAAAGUAAUUUAACUCGAAAAUAAGGUCGGUGACCCCCAUUUUUUAUUUUGUAGCAUGAUAUAUUUUAGUAUGUUGAAUAAUUUUCGUGAUUUGAAAAAAAUUCUGUCAUGCCAAAAUGUUUCAAGAUCGGAAAAUGUAAUAAUUCGCAACAAUAAUGAUUCAAAAUACUAAACGGAUUAUUUUUAUGAAAUAAAAAAUGGGGGUAACCGACCUUAUUUUCAAGUUAAAUAACUUUUAACCCAAAAUAUCGUCCUUAUUGACGCGUCAUUGUUGCUAUAGCAACGGUAGUUCUGGUUCCAUUUUUUCGAAAAAAUGCAACUUUGUAGUAAUUAUUUUUCUAAUCGGACUUUCUUUGUCUUUUAACAUAUAGGAAUUGUGAAAAACUGGGUCUAAAUCGGAUAUCAUAGAUUUUGUUUAUUUUUGUAUCUACAGCUGAUAAGAGAAAGAUAGCAGAGACUAGAGAGGUUCAGAUUUGACUUCCACUGGUUUAGAGUUAGUCCGCAUCUGAUUGGUUAAUCGGAUAUAUGAAACGGAUCUGAUUGGUUAAUAGUCCUUUAAUGGUAGCGGAAGUCAAACCUGAACAUCUCCAUUAUAUAGUUGCAACAGUUUGAAAGCAUAAUCAUAUUUUUGUGUAUCUAUAUAUAGGCAUCACAGUUCAUGGCAAAUCCACAGAUGCAGCAAAUGUAAGAUUAUUUUUCAAAACUGUGUGUUUGUUGACAUUCAAGUUGUAUCUGUCAGUAUAUUGACUUAUUUAUAGUUGAAUAAGUUUUUCCCCCCCAAAACGUACAUGAGCCGUGUAGUUUUUGUCCAAAGACAUUCGUCUGUUGUUUUGCACGAUACGGUACAAAUUAGCACGUCAAGGAAAACGUUUAAAUAAAAAACUUGUUCUUUACUACAUUGUUGUAAAUUAGUUACUUGUUUACUUUUCAGUUCUUUACUUCUUCUUUUCUUGCUAGGAUGACUAAUAUGAUGUCAGGUUUCGGUGGCAUAACUGGCGAUGAUCAAUCUGCAGGUCAGCAACCCCCAAGUCAGCCUGCAGAGGGUCAGCCUGAUUCUGAAGCCACAACUACACCAGAAAGUAACACUGGGACUACAGGGACAAAUCCUGAAGCAGGAUCGGGGACAAACCCUGAAGCAGGAUCUGGUGCAGGAGGAUAUUCGAACAUAUUUCAGUUGUAAGUAAUAUUUUUGUAGUGUUUUCAGACAAAAUUACUGCACAGACAAAUUUGGCUAACAGUGUUUACAUCAUUUGCUAUGUUGGUGUAAUGUAAUCAGGUGAAUAAGAUGCUUGUGUGAUGUUACUCUGAGUGUGUAUCCACACCGGGAAGGCUUGAAAAAUAUGCCUGGCCACAGUGGGAAUCGAACCUACGACCUUUGGAUUACUAGCCCAACGCUCUGCCAACUGAGCUACGCGGUCAGGUCGGUUCGAGUAUGCGAUAUUUCGGAACUGAGUCUAGUUCCUUCGUUAUCAGUGUAAUCUAAUAAUCAUGACAUUUGCUGUGUUGGUGUAAUGUACUAGACGCAGUUCCGAAAUAUCGCAUACUCGAACCGACCUGACCGCGUAGCUCAGUUGGCAGAGCGUUGGGCUAGUAUUCCAAAGGUCGUAGGUUCGAUUCCCACCGUGGAUAUACACUCAGAGUAACAUCACACAAGCAUUGUUUACAUCGUUGCUACCCAAUUCACAACACUUCUGAUAACUCACAUAGUGAUUACUUAGUUACCAUUUCUCAAGUUUACAGAAAUAUAGUAUAGAAGAGAUCUUUUUCAUUUGAUGUUAAGUUAGCCUGCGUGCAGGCCCAAGGGAACUUGAUAGUGGGCCUGCAACCAUCACCCCAUGUUUUCGAUUUUCGCCGGCCGAACCGCCGGCUAAAUUCCCAUUGGCUAGCUGAGGCGAUCGGUAAUUAAUUAACCUAGCCCAUUGUGCAGGCACAAGGGAACAGUGAUUCAUCACAAAGGCAUAGACAAAGGCUCUCGAUAAGCUUAAAAUUUGAAAAUUGAUCACUUUUUUCGAUUACAAAUGGAACAAGAACAGACUGUUUAUUGUUUACUUGAAGGAAGACAUGUUUUUGCCGUUAUGCCAAUGGGGAUUGCUUGUCGUGAGGUGUUGGAAUAGCAACAUUACGACUGGGGUAAACUAUAGUAACCUUUACUUGAGUUUCAUUAAUUUCAAACAGAGUUCAGUUGAUACGUUAUGUGUUCUCACUUCCUCAAGAAAAUUAUCUUUUGGUUGAUGUUGAGAUGCAGUUGCAUGUAAGAACUGUAAGCCUAUUCGAAACACUUUGCGAUUUACAAGGCUUCGCAGAGAGCGAAACAGAAGGCGGUAUUAAAUUGCCGUUUGAAACGAAACGAUCUGGACUCGGAACGCUCUCUUCUUUUGUAGAGUUCUUUACCAAAUGAAAUAAAUUAAAUAAAUUUCGUACUUUCCGCCGCCAACAAGAAUUGCACACAUGAUCUGAUAAGUGAGACAAUUUAUUUAUAACAAUGCCAAUGGCGACAGCGAAGCACACAUAAUAUAAAUCCUAAUGUGGUCGCACGACUUCCCUCAUGAUUUGAAGUUUGAGACUGGUUUUCUGUUGAAAUUCGUCCUAAUUUGCCUGUUCCGAUUUUAGUUGAAAAUGAGCACUUGCAAAUUUGGCAAUUACUUGCGUUGCUUGCUUUUUUGGAGUUAAAACGCAGCCAUUUACACAUUGCUUAUGUUCUCAAUAACCAGAGAAAACCCCGCAACAUUUUAAUGCGAGUUUGUUUGUUAAUAUUUGGGUGCUGUCAUUGGUUCUUUUUUGACAAUUGACGCGCGAAUGGGGCGUGUUAUGAAAAGGGGCGUAUUUCAAAAUACCGGGCGAUGAUUGCAGGCCCACUAUCAAGUUCCCUUGGGCCUGCACGCAGGCUAAUGUUAAGUUGAAGAGCGCUUUAAAAUAAAUUUCCCGCCGUUUUUAGUGCUUCCCAGAUGGCACAACAGUUGCAACAAAGUAAUCCAGAGUUAAUAAACGAUCUUCGACAAAGUAUGCAGAAUGUCGCAGGAGGGAAUACAGAGCCAAAUCAAAACACAGAUGAUCCAAGUAAAAACGGUAAGGAAUAUAUAUAGCUGAAAUGUGGAGGAUUGAUUAGUAUUAUGUUGGGUACAGUAUAUAGUGAUGCAGCGAUAUGGGAAUAUACCAAUAUUCCGAUAAUCGAUAUUCAAGGGUCGCGAUAUGGUCGUGGCUAAAGGGGAUGGAUAAGAGGCAGGUUUUCGAGAUGGCCGCCAGUUUUUAAGAUCAUGAAAACGUAAAAGAAUCAACAACCAGCCACUUGCAACAACACUAAACCUUACCCUCACCCCACACCUAAUCCCCACUAACCCUAUAUAAUACUAACGCGAACCAUCUCGUAAACUACCUCUCGUCCAUCCCCUUUUAGAUAUUAUACCGUCAAGAUAUUGGCCGAUACCGAUAUAAUUCUAUUUCACUUCGCUGAAAUUCACAAAUUACAACAUAAAAUCAACCUAUGAUCAAGGGUCAUCUAUAAUGACAAACGUUUUCUCAAGCAUAGAGUACUUUUUUCUAUCCUGUCCCAGAGUUAAACCACGGAAAUGAUAACAAUGGAUCAUCAUUUUCAAGAGCGUACAUUGACCAUUAACCCUUUCGUACGUAAUUAUGGAUGAGCUGGGCAAACGAGGAUGAGAGUUGCAAUCCUUGCUCGCGUUUGACCGCCAACUCUCGUUAACUCUUAUCAACUUUAAACUGGUUCAAUGAUGAGAGCUUUCGCUACGCGCGUGGUAAUAUCUAGUCGACUCUCGUCAACUCUUAUCAACUUCAAACUGGUUCAAUGAUGAGAGCUUUCGCUACGCGCGUGGUAAUAUCUAGUCGACUCUCGUCAACUCUUAUCAACUUCAAACUGGUUCAAUGAUGAGAGCUUUCGCUACGCGCGUGGUAAUAUCUAGUCGACUCUCGUCAACUCUUAUCAACUUUAAACUGGUUCAAUGAUGAGAGCUUUCGCUACGCGCGUGGUAAUAUCUAGUCGACUCUCGUCAACUCUUAUCAACUUCAAACUGGUUCAAUUAUGAGAGCUUUCGCUACGCGCGUGGUAAUAUCUAGUCGACUCUCGUCAACUCUUAUCAACUUCAAACUGGUUCAAUGAUGAGAGCUUUCGCUACGCGUGUGGUAAUAUCUAGUCGACUCUCGUCAACUCUUAUCAACUUUAAACUGGUUCAAUGAUGAGAGCUUUCGCUACGCGCGCGGUAAUAUCUAGUCGACUCUCGUCAACUCUUGCUUCCGUUUGACCGGGGCACGAGAUGCGGACUCUGGGACAACUCUCAUCCUCGUUUCACCCUGGAGGGCUUAUCCAUCCAGGCAUAAGUAAACGGUCCCUUAUCUGAUUACUUCGAAAUGACUGUUAAAGCCGUUUUCCACUUUAAUCUAAACGUAUCGUAGCAUUUUCUUUUGUGUUGAAUUCAUUAGUUCCACUCUAUCUACUGUUCAGGAAACAAAGAAAUAUGCUACGCUUCGGUACGAUUAAAGUGGAAAACUGGCAUAAGGUUUUAAUGUUAUUUAUAUUCUGAUAUAUUCAGGAAAAGAAUAAGUUACCAAAGGACAAGCAACACAGGGAUAUGCUAUCAUCGGGAAUUCUCAAUAAUCGGAACGCAAUAAUUGAUUCGUAAGUUUGGACGUCAGUAGCAAGUGCGGAUAAAGAAUGUAUAUCGCUAUUAUUCAUCCAUCCUAAGGGACGGGCCAUUACAAAAGUGAAGGGAGGGGUGGGUAAAAUCCAUACAAGCAAAAACGUUCUGUAAAAAAUCCAAACAGCCAGAAGGCGGCAGAAAAAAUAUUACAACACUACAAAAACAUCGUCACCAAGUGAACCAUAAAAAUCCAUGCAUGGCAGAAACAUCUCCUCCCCCCCCCCCUCGUUUUCUCUUUUCUAAUGGACCGUCCUAAAAGGCUGUUUUGUACACAACCGUAUUGUACAGAAACGUAGCGUAUUUCCUCAGCACUAGGGUAAAAUAAUGACUUCAGCACAAACGAAAAUGCUACGGUACGUUACGAUUGAAGUGGAAAACGGUCUAAAUCCUGGUUUCCAUUUUGUUGCGCCUGUCGCGAACAAAUAGGGAGCUUUAGAUUUGACUACGAGUACGACUACGAGAUUCGUCAAGCUAAACGCAUGCUGUAUGCUUACGCCAUCCCGUACUGACGCUAAAAAGUCGUAUCCGUCGCCCAUCCGAGUACGAAAUUGUGGAGAAACCUCGUAGUCCUCACGACGACUUUUCAAAAAAAACAAAGAAAGUUUGCUUUUUUUGUUUUCCAAAAAUAAUUUGUAGCAUUUAUAUAGCGUUUAUCCGGCGCGAAUAGUAUAUUAGUACUAAAUAUCUGGCCUGUUUUUAAUGUUAUGACUUAUUUGCACGUUUUGUAGGGGAUUUUAGUCAGCGGGAGAUUUAGUUUAUGAAACUUUUUCUCUCGUUGUUGAUUUACUGUUAUAAAAGCAACAUUUGAAUGGAAACGAGAACGACUACAGUGACUUCCUGGCACGCGAUCAAAUUUCGUACUCGUACUCGUAGUCAAAUCUAAAGCUCCCUAAUAUAAAGGCUGAGACACACCGGACGCGAUUCGACAACGCGGUGCGGUUUUUCAGUAUUUGAAAGUUAAUAAAACAGCCAAUGAAAGGAAAUUUUAAAAGAUAUAUAGACCAAAUAACUCAAAAUGUUAUAGCGUUUCUAAAUAUUUAAAAAGUUAAACCAGGAUCAAAGUUAUCGGUCAGAGAAAAUCGAAAAAUCGCGCCACGUUGUUGAAUCGCGUCCAGUGUGUAUCGGCCUUAAAGGUUCGGUCACACAAGGCGACAAGUUGCAGGGACUUGACGCGGGGAUAAAGUUCACCGUGUGGCAUGUGUGGAAAUCUUGUCGCGGGAACUGACUUUUGUCCCCGCGACAUGUCGCAUGAAAUCAAAUGAUUUUAUGGGACUUGUCGCGGGUAAAGAAAUCAGUUCCCGCGACCAGUUGUCGCCUGGAAAUGUUGCUUCGUGUGACUUUUGUCAGGCGACAAGUCCUCGCGACCAGUCUCUGGGACCUUGAGGUAAAUGCCAUGCAUCUAUCUUGUGUUUUGUAUGCUUGAUGUCUGAGAUAUAUAAAUUUUUACAUUGUGUUAAAGGCAUAUGGCAAUAAAAAUUAACUUUGUCUUAUUUGGAAGAACUUUUAAAGUUAUAUAAGGUACGGAAAAGUUGUAAAAGGUAUUCAGGCUUGGUUUUCGAAAUAGUUUGACCAAAAUAAUUUAUUCCGCCAUCUUGGCAUUAUAAUUGACCUAAUUAACUGAGUUUUUGAUGACGUCACAAGCAGGGUAAACUUGUUAAAACUUCUUCAUGUGGGACUAAAUUUCUUCGAAAAGUUUCUUAAAAUGUUGCGAGUUAAUUGAGUACUAAAAAGACUUCGGAAAAUCGAGUUUCAUAUUGAUAAUGACAUGUGGUUUGCAAGAUAAAAAUUUCGCUUUUUACCCUACUUGUGACGUAUGCAUAUCGAAUGCACAUCCAAGAUGGCGGAAUGCACGCUGCUUCUGAUCAAAAUAAGUCGAUUUAUUUCGAAAACCAUGCAAGAUACGGAAUCAUUGUAAAGGAAGUUUAUAUAUCAUUUUAAAUGUUCUUUCAAAUUAAAGACAAACUUAAUUUAUAUUGCCAUAUUCCUUUAAGGUACAAUGGAUUAAAACUUAUUCAUUACUUUGUUUCGUGCACUCAUAUAGAACAUAUUUAAAAUAUUCCAAUUUAUAUGUAUUUCGAUGUUAUGUGGACAAUAUGAGUUUGAACAUUGUCAAUCUUUCUAUGUUUUCCACAAGAGGCUUUGGAAAAUUAGAUGUUUAGAACAAAAUCUCGUUUGGGUAGGGCCAUGUUUACUUCCACGCGGUUACACAACCGUUGAGCAAAUUUGGGUUAGGUCGAUCGAGGCUACUGACUGAUUUUGAAAAUUAGUACUAUUAUUGAUUAUUCGGUAAGGAGAUGUCAACAGAGAUAUGAAGAUGUUUUCAUAUUAUUUCUAAAAUAACAGAGAACAACGAAAAGCCUUCUCACGCCAUGCAACCAGGCCACCAUUUUGGAAACCAAAACGCGCAACAAAGGGUAACAAGUCAAGGAGUGAUUUAGUGAAGUAAAUAGCAAUCAUCAACAAUAGUACUCAUAAACAAUAGUACUGUGUUUCUACAUCACUAAGUCCAGUUUUUCCCUGUGUGGUUUGCCAACCGAAAAUGGCGUUCAAGACUGCUCGCAUGACGUGAGAAAGGCUCUCAAACGGGAUUCGAACUCGUAUCUUCAGGUUUCAAGACCGAUCCGGCAUUGAGCCAGUAGAGAGGUUAAGAUACCCCGAUUUCGGUGUACGUGUAGCAUGAUUUUGGUUAGCAAUAUUUUCGUCGAUGUCUGUACCUUUACUCGUAAUUAAGGUGCACAUUUUUCGCAUUAUAUCAUUGUCUAUUGCAAGAAAACAGAAAAAGUAUGAUCGAAUUACAGACAUCAGUAAAACAAGAUGACACUACUCGUACCCGUACACCGAAACCGGGGUAUCUUAACCUCUCUAUUUAUAGGAAUUGGAAGUUUUGUCCAAUUUGAAUACAAGAAAUAUUUUCGUGACUUUAAAUAAUUAACGCUUGAUUUGGAGUGUUUCAAUCUAUAAUACAGAAGUACCCUCAAAGAUAUGAAAUCUUUCAUGAUAUUAAUUCUAAUAUUAACAGUCAACAAGAAUCCGCUUUCCGCCUGGGAUAUCAAUCGCUGACGUCAUCCUCCGAGAAUAUAAAAAGCCAGGUUGCGACUUCAGACUGGCCUAUAUCGGAGUGUCGAAACGAUAGGUCGUGAAUGCAAUUCCACUGAAUAUUCCAC